UUCUUCUUCUUCUUCUUCUGCUUCUUCUGCUUCUUCAACACUCUGAUGGAAAACAAGCUGCAGUUAUGAUCAUAAAACAGCAUUUAGACUUUUUAAAUACAUUUUUAGGACAUUGAAAUCGUGUUUGCGGCGUAUUCAAUGACUUCACGUUAAGGAUGGAGUCGUCGUGUCUGGAUCUGGCUUUGGAAGGGGAGCGGCUCUGCAAGACUGGGGACUAUCGUGCCGGUGUGUCCUUCUUUGAAUCUGCUAUUCAGGUUGGAACAGAGGACCUUCAAAUACUGAGCGCCAUCUACAGCCAACUGGGCAAUGCCUACUUUCACCUACAAGAGUACCACAAAGCUCUGGAGUACCAUCGGCAUGACCUCACUCUUACUCGAACCAUUGGUGAUGAACUUGGUGAGGCCAAAGCCAGUGGUAAUCUUGGGAACACAUUAAAGCUUUUAGGACGUUACGAUGAAGCAGCUGUUUGUUGUCAAAGGCAUUUGGAGAUUACCAGAGCCAUGUAUGACAAGGUUGGGCAAGCUCGGGCGCUGUAUAAUUUCGGGAAUGUAUACCAUGCCAAGGGCAAGAGUAUCUGCUGGACUGGGGCAGAGCCAGGAGAGUUCCCAGAGGAAGCUAGGAUAGCCCUUAAGAAGGCUACCCAGUAUUACGAGGCCAACCUGUGCCUGGUGAAGGAGUUAGGUGAUCGUGCAGCGCAGGGUCGUACCUACGGUAACCUUGGCAACACAUACUAUCUGCUGGGUGACUUUGAAGCAGCAGUGGGUGCACAUGAAAAGCGGCUUCUCAUUGCUAAAGAGUUUGGGGAUAAGUCAGCUGAGAGGAGGGCCCAUUGUAAUCUUGGCAACGCUCACAUAUUUCUCAGCCAGUUUGAAGUGGCUGCUGGUCAUUACAAGAGGACUUUGCAGCUGGCCAGGACACAGAAGGACAAAGCAGUGGAGGCCCAGGCCUGUUACAGUUUGGGAAACACUUACACACUUCUGCAGGACUAUGAAAGAGCUAUUGAUUACCACCUCAAACAUCUGCUCAUUGCUCAGGACCUCAAUGACCGCGUUGGAGAAGGAAGAGCGUAUUGGAGUCUAGGAAAUGCCCACACUGCCCUGGGGAAUCACGUGCAAGCCAUGUUCUUUGCAGAGAAACAUCUGGAAAUUGCCAAAGAGACUGGAGAUAAAAGUGGCGAGGUGACUGCCAGAAUGAACUUGUCAGACCUGCGGCUGGUUGUAAGUCUGAAGUCCAGUUCUAACAUCAACUCCAGCUUUUACCAAAACACCAACAGCUCUGCUCUGCCUGCCAGCUGUCAGAGUUACCACAACUUUCCAGGGGUUAAGUCUCCUUCAAGGACCAAAGGCAGUGCAGAAAACCUGGAACUGACUCCAAGUCCUGACAAAAGUCCCACAAGAGAUUCAUCUGCACAUCCGCAGGGCUGGGAGGAGGAGGAUCCAUUCCCCAGGUCUUCAAAAAACAACACAAUCAUGGCUUCCACCAAAAUUUUCCUCUUCCACCGUCUGAAAAGCAGGAAGCAAAAGAACCACAAAUCACCACCUAAAAACCAAUCUGAGGACAGCAUGGAGCAGCCGGAUUCUGAGCCGGAACCACCAGCGUUGGUGAAGCCUAGAUCAGAGGACACAGUUGGGGAGGAUGGGUUUUUUGACCUCCUCUCUCGUUUCCAAGGCAGCAGAAUGGACGACCAAAGGUGCUCCUUAAUAGAUGGCCAGAGCCAUCUCACUGCCAAUUCAUCUCCCUCAUCCACCCCACCUGUAGCUGAAAAGAAAUCCACACAGAAAUGCGAAACGCCAUUGCAGGAUCCUGGUCAUUUCCUGGAGCUGCUGGCCAGCUCCCAGGCCCGCCGUCUGGACGACCAACGAGUCAGCCUGAGCCAUUUUCCUGGCUUGCGACUCAGCACCUCCAACCCGCCUUGUACACCCUCCAUCUCCAGCACAGAUCAAGCCCCCUCACAAGUCCCCAUCUCCAGUACAGAUCCACCUCACACACCCUCCCUGUACAGUCGACUCGAAGCCAGCGCUGAGCAGCCCGAGGGGGACGAAGUCUUCUUCGACAUGCUCGUCAAGUGCCAGGGCUCCAGACUGAAUGACCAGAGGUGUGCUGCUCCACCUUCUGAAUCUAAAGGACCAACUGUACCAGAUGAGGAUUUUUUCAGUCUCAUCCUUCGCUCCCAGGCCAACAGGAUGGAGGAACAGAGAGUGCCAUUGCCCCCUGGUGUCACUCAGUCCAAACCAGACUGACACCGCAAAGAUGGUCUCCCUGUCUGCUAACACCACAGGAGAUGCGCAUCUGGUUAGUUAUUCCGGAAUCACGUCACAUAAGACUUCUGGACUUGGUUUUUCCAUUAUUCUCUCCUCUGAGUAAGUGCCAUUGUCUUUGUGGUGCCCCCUAGACUGCUUUUAUUGAAGGCCUCGACACCAGUAAAGUUUUUUUCUGCUCUGCAAGCUUGCAUCAAGCUUCUUGUGCAAGUGUGGGUUAUGGGAUUCCCCACCCCACCGAACAGGACUGAUGCGAUUCAGGGAUUAUGAAAGACCAGAGACUUUUGAUUUGUGGUGGAGAGGUUAUGAACUUUGCACACUUCAUUUUAUAAUCGUAAGUGAAGAGGUGCUAUUAAAAAAGACAUUAGCUCAUCUGUGUCUACUUACAAAUUCAAUAAAUCUUUAAGAUGGUAUGCAUUAAUGACCAGCAGAAUCAAAUGAUUACUCUCUGGGGAAGCAUGACUUGGAUGUGCACAUUUCAGUCAACUGGUGGAGCCAUUUCUCUGUGCUGACAUUGUUUUUAGAUUUUAUUUUAUUUUAAGCCUGGAAUAUACAUUUGCAAACUAAAUUUUUACUUUUGUAAAAGAUUUGAGGGAUUGUGUGGGUUUAAAAAAACUCUUUACAGUUUUUAAUGUAACUUCUUCCAAUGGAGAAAUAAAAACCUCAAUUUAUUUUCCAUCCAA